AACUCGCAGAGAUGCAGACGGGGGAUUUUAUCCGAAACUUCAAUUUUCUUCUCUUCUGCUCUGCUGACACUAACCGACCAUUCCCUCCCUCCCUUGCUCCUUCGCUGCAGUAAUGGCGGCUCCUUCUCUCCCCGCAUAUCAUCAUCUCAGCUCUUCGUUUUCGAAGAAAAAUAGCUCUUGCAACCAUUACAUUGCUAGUAAUGUUGACAUUAAGCUGCGCUCUUCUCUUUUAGCUUCGCCCAUUAGCUUGUCUUCAAACCCCAAUUUUUCUCUGCAAUUCCUUGACAGGAAACACUCUCCUCUUCUUCCCUCAACUCCCUGGCGUCUCUCUGUCAUUGCAAUGGCUCCCCCUAAGCCAGCUGGCAAGACCAAGAAAGUGGUUGGAUUGAUAAAGCUGGCUCUCGAGGCCGGUAAGGCAACUCCUGCUCCUCCUGUGGGGCCAGCACUUGGUGCUAAGGGCGUAAACAUUAUGGCCUUCUGUAAAGAUUACAAUGCCAAAACUGCUGAUAAAGCCGGCUAUAUCAUUCCUGUUGAAAUUACGGUCUAUGAUGAUAGAAGCUUCACUUUCAUUUUGAAGACACCACCUGCCUCAGUUUUACUGCUUAAGGCUGCAGGAGUGGAGAAAGGUUCUAAAGACCCGCAAAACGAGAAAGUGGGAAAGAUCACAAUUGACCAAUUGCGUGCGAUAGCCACUGAAAAGCUACCAGACUUGAAUUGCACCACCAUUGAAUCAGCAAUGAGAAUUAUAGCAGGCACUGCAGCUAACAUGGGGAUUGAUAUUGAUCCUCCUGUUCUUGAACCCAAAAAAAAGAAGGAAGUCUUUUAUUAUUGAUGUCUGUAUUUAGAAUUAUCUAAGAAAUCAAUUUGAAUUUUUGCCGGCCAUGGCAUGCGAUGUUGUCCUUUUCCAAGUAGAUGUCAAUAGUUCUGCUGGAAAAACCAAAUGAAGUGGUGGGGACAAGCUGUGGAUAAUGAAGCCAAAAACGCGAGGAAUUAAUAUUAUCAUAUUCUGAACACUGUUUUGGUUAAAAAUUUGUUUUGUGAUGAUUGUUUGCAGCGAAAUUAAAAGAUGAUUUGUUUUCAACGCAA